AUGGACAUGUUACGGAAAGCAUUGAGUGGCCAAGACCGAGACAAUGAUAGUUCCACUGGGAUUUUGCCUAAUGUUAAUCAAAUGUCAUCAUUAGAAUGGUCUACUCGUAUAAAAGGAUUUAUUGCAUGCUUUGUAAUCGGAAUUUUUUUUUCAUUAUUGGGUGCCACAGCGUUAGUAUUACCUCUACAUAGAAGAAUGGCCGUAUUCGGUAUUUUUUAUACACUUGGAAAUAUUACAUCGCUUCUUAGUACUUGUUUUUUGAUGGGUCCGGUAAAACAAAUCAAAAAAAUGUUUUCCUCUUCUAGAGUUGUUGCAACCAUUAUUGCUCUUGCAAUGAUUGUCCUUACAUUAGUCGCUGCAGUUGGCAUGAAAAACGCACCAUUAACUUUUCUUUGCAUUAUUUUUCAAUUUCUUGCAUUGACAUGGUACUCUUUGUCUUAUAUACCUUACGCUAGAGACGCCAUAAAAAGUUCGAUGUCUACAAUCAUAGCAUAA